AUGGCAAGUGAACGAUGGAAAGACGAUGUCGCAUAUGCGAUAACCCCUUUUAAAUUGGUAGCGUGGUCCAUUGGUAUCUGGCCACUUCAAGUUCGUAAUGCUUAUUCGUUGAUACGAUAUGUCUUCGGCAUCUUUUCCGCGGUCCUCUUGAUUGUCAUACCUUGUUUCGAGAUUUAUUUGGGCUGCACUGACGCGGAGACAAGCAUAGAUUGUCUCAUGUUAAUCUUUUGCGGAAUACUUGGUGUGUUAAAGAUAAUAUGGUUUCGCAUUUACGCAAAAAAUUUGGCUAACAAUUAUAGCUCUGCCAUGAAGGAUUAUUUGACAAUUGAAAACACAAAAGAACGUGCCAUCAUGAGGAAACAUGCUUUUAUGGGAAGGACUCUGUGCUGUUUAAUUUUGGGCUUCGCUUAUUUUAGUUCUAUAAUGUAUGGACUAAUCGCUAUUCUGGAUGAAUAUAAACACGUCAAUAUAACGAACGAAGGUACCAUGCUAGAAUAUCCAUUACCAUCGAAAUGCUUUAUGAAGUUCUUAAAUGCUCCAGUAAGCAUGCAUAAAAUCUUCUGCCUCGUCGAUGUUGUUGCAUUAAUACUAGCGAGUACUACUAAUCAUGGUAACGACGCUUUGUUUCUGAACAUUACAUUGCACGUUUGCGGCCAAGUGAAAAUUCUGAGAGCCAAUUUUCUUAAUUUUGAUAUCAGAAGCCCGCAUAUCUAUAAUCGUUUUAACGUAUUGAUUGAAAGACACAAAUACUUAAUAAAACUGGCCAGACAACUUGCCGAAAUGAUUAGUUUCGUUUUAUUGAUAGAAUUAUUUCUUAUCAGUAUUCUUUUAUGCAUAAUGGGAUUUCAACUUAUCUUACAACUAACAAGUGAAAACAACGUUGUUUUAAUUACGAAAAAUAUAAUGGUACAAAGUACCUUUCUAACACAAUUAACUUUAUACGGUGUUAUUGGGAAUUAUUUAAGAUCCGAAAUGGAAGAAAUAGGGCUUUCUGUUUAUCGGAGCACUUGGUACAAUUUUCCUGCAAAGCUAACGAGACAUAUAAUAUUCAUUCUAAUGUGUUCAGAUUCCCCCGUCGCUUUGCAAGCUGGAAAUUUUAUCGUGGUAAAUUUGGCAACUUACGUAAGUAUCCUAAAAACAUCUCUUUCGUAUUUAUCUGUACUUCGUGUAAUGGUAAAGGUGUGA